GUCAAACAGGAAAUGUUGUUUAAAUGUCGGGUUCUUUGACACUCCGGCCGCAGACCCAGAGAUCAUUCAUUAGCUAUGAUGCCGCAGGAAAACGGCUUUACAAAGGUUUACAUUGAGCAGGAGUGUUCUGGAGAUAUUCUGACAAUGAGGUUGUGAAAUUGUGUCAUGCCAAGUCAUGCCUUUUUUGGAAUUCAUAGCUGGGAGCAUUUCAGGUGCAGUGGGACUGGCAGUUGGACAUCCAUUGGACACCGUGAAGGUGCGCCUGCAGGCCCAGUCUGUGUAUAAAGGGAUAUUUCACUGUAUGACUAAAACAUACUCUCAUGAAGGGCUCCAUGGAUUCUUCAAGGGCAUGGCAUUUCCAGUGCUGACCACAGGCAUCACCAACUCAGUUGUCUUUGGCUCUUACAGUAAUGCUUUAGAUUACCUCACUCAGUCUCAGCGCAGUGACCGCAGUGAAGGAAAACCGGCCUCUGCCGCACAGGUCUUCACUGCCGGCUGCUUCUCAGGCCUGGUGCAGGUGUUUGUUUGUGCACCCAUUGACCUGGUGAAGGUGCGUCUGCAGGGUCAAACAACUGCUGACCGAUACCGUGGGCCCCUUCACUGUGUUGCUGUCAUCCUGAAGGAGGAGGGACCCAGGGGUCUGUUCAGAGGAGGGCUGGCCCUCGCCCUGAGGGACGUACCCUGCUAUGGACUCUACUUCUUGCCUUACGAGGUCACUCGAAAGGCUCUGUCCGAGAGCGGCAAACAGCCAGGUACGUUUGCAAUAUUGAUGGCAGGUGGCGUGGCGGGCGUGGUGACCUGGGCCUUUGCCACGCCCAUGGACGUAGUGAAAGCCCGGCUCCAGAUGUCGGGGGCCGGCGGCCGGGAGUACAGCGGGGUCCUUCACUGCAUGAGAGUGAGCGUCAGAGAGGAGGGAGUGAGGGUCUUUUUCAAAGGCCUCCUACUGAACAGCCUGAGGGCCUUCCCUGUCAAUGCCGUCACCUUCCUCACCUACGAGAGUCUGAUGAGGAUUUUCUGUCCACCGGCAAGAUGACCUUACUCUUGAAACCGAAUGGAUACACUCCUUGCUUUGCAAAAUGAAAUAUCUUCCCAUGGUGCUGAGAUUAUAAUAUACAUACACAAUCUAACUGCAGGUCAAGUAUUCUCAGGGUUACUAACAUUAUCGGUCUCAGUUUUAGACAGUUUUUUUUAAAGAUGAUGAGUAUUGAAAUACUGUUUGAAACUUUUUAAAGUCUGUGUGGAAUAGCUCAACUCUCAUUUAGCUAGCCUCCGAACACACUCGGACUGAAGAUAAUUGUUUGAUGAAAAUGUUCAAAUUCAGCUCCAACUGAGUCUCCUGUGACUUGAACCGCUUUGAUGGAGGACAUCAGGGUUAAGCUGCUCAUGUUUGCUGGAAAUCAAAUCUGUUUUACUUGACAAAUUGUACUUGACAAAUAGAAAUUGUACUUGAGGGCCACAUAUAAAUAAACUGUGUAUACGAAAAGUUAGAACAUUACUAUGCGUGGCCUUUGGCAUUCAAAAAUGGGUAAAGAUCGGAAAGUCUCCACGUUGGGAGGCUCAAUCAUUGUUAAUAAACAGUCUUUGUGUCAUUUUAA